AUGGACACACCAGCGCUGAUCCUGGUAUCCUUGCUUGUGCUGUACCUCGCAGGCAUUCCCGGUUGGGUUUUAAACCCCUUUCAACCGUUCGUUGCGCGUCAAAAUGAGGAGGGAACCCCCACAGAACUCAUUCCGAAACAGACCCAUCUCGUCUGGACAUUCAUUUGCAUUCUGCUGUGGUGUCUCUUGCCGAGGGGCCAAACGUCGCAAAGGCGACAAACCCAGCUACUCGAGAUUCUGGACGAUGGGGGCAAAAAUUGUCGUGCUGACAUUGUUGCGGUUCAUGGACUUGCGUCAACGGCCGAGACGACGUGGAACUACAAGCUGAGAGAGGGUCACAAUGUGACGAUCGGUCCCAUGUGGCUUCGGGAUUUUCUUCCCCAGGAGGAUCUCCACGCUCGUAUCAUGGCCUUCAACCAUAACAGUGCCUGGGAACGGAAUGCUACCACAAAGUCACUUGAAGAUCAUGGAAACGACCUUCUUCGUGUGCUCGAUGAAGCACGCAAUACCGCGGAGGCUCUGUAUAAUGCUCUCGCCCCGAGUUUGGAUCUCACUCUCGAUGCGAAUUCAUCGUCGACAAACGCUGACUGGCGGCGCAGAAUCGCGCAGAAUGCCAAAGGGUUCAUCUUUCUGGGCACACCUCACAAGGGUGCUUCCUUGACCUGGCUUGGACGAGUCAUUGUGAGGUUGAAUUUCUGGAGAGGUUCAAGCAGCGCACUUUUGAAAGCCAUUCAGCCAGGCUCACCCGAGAUCCAACGGAUCCAUGACCAAUUCAACCAAACAUUUCCUGUGAAAGAAGGAGUAGUUUGCUUCUUCGAGGCAGAGUUGACUCGCAUUUUAGGCAUGCCUCUGCUCCAGGUGGUUAGCAAGGAUUCAGCCAAGAUCGAGAACGCGGAUAGCAUUGGCUUCGAAUCCACCCAUCAGAACCUUCAGAGAUUCCAGAGCCGCACAGAUAAUGACUAUAAAACUAUGGUGCACUAUCUGCAGAAAUACAUUAAAAACGCUACCGAUAUGGCGCCGGCGAUGCAGGAAAGGGGAUUUGAAGGUAUUUUGGCAUCGGCAGCUCUUGUAUGUUUCUUCUUUGGCUUACAAGUGAAUAUCCCAGAGCCCAACACAGAGCCCCGUGGUCGAGGGCCCAAGAACCCGUACUUUUUUGGCCGCGAUACCAUGAUCGAGAAUUUGCAUCAACAAAUCAAACCCGAGCCCCAGGGUACCCAGCAGAAAAUGAAAGUCUGCGUUCUCCACGGCUUAGGAGGAACUGGGAAAACCCAGAUUGCAACAGAAUAUACCUACCGUCAUGGAACGAGCUACAAGUACAUAUUUUGGGUUCGGGCAGAGGUACAAGCUGAAGCGGAACGGAGUUUCACUUCCAUUGCCUCCCAGCUCAGCGACGGGCUUGAGGAUCAGCGAAACCAGCAGCGAAGUAUUGAAGUGGCACGGGCAAGGCUCAAGACGUCAAAGGAACCAUGGUUACUUGUAUUUGACAACGUUGUAUCAAUAGAAAAUGUAGAAGGAUAUAUCCCAGACGGCACCGCAGGAUCCAUCAUCAUCACCACCCAAAGCACAAAGGUCAAAGAUCGGUGGCCGUCGCGCAUUUGGGUCAAACCGUUUGAGGAGUGGGAUGGUGCAAACCUUUUACUCCAAUAUUUUGAUCCACAGGAACGACUAGCCGAAAACGGUGUUCCUGACAGCAUUGAAGACGCAAAGAAGAUAUCAAGUCUGGUCGGAGGACUACCCCUGGCCAUCGCAGUAAUUGCCGGGUAUAUCAGCUCAGUGAAAAUGACACUGCGCCAAUUUAUCCCAGAAUUCGAACCAAAGCUAGUGACCGGCUGGGGUCAGUCUGAAGGCCCUUUUGUUCAAGACUAUGAGAAACCACUCAACGCAGUUUUUAACAUGGCAUUGGAUGAUUUGAAACCGGAAUCUCGAGAUUUGCUUGAUUGCUUUUCCUUCAUGAAUCCAGAUGAAAUACAGGAGAGCAUGAUCUUCAGGGACCACGAAGAUGCCUGCCUGAAGUUCCUUAGUACUACGAACCCGCGGCUGAGAGACUUGCAACAAGAUCUCUAUGGAAGACAUCUAACCGAGAAAAAGCCUCCCUCCCACCCACAGGAAAGUGGCUCGUUCUCCAUCCAUCGACAUGUAAAGCAGCAUCUCCAAGCCAAAUUGUUAGACGAUCCACAAAGGCACAGCAAGGCAUUUCAAAGAGCGUUGCUCUUGGUUCGUGCCGUUUUCCCACGUCAGCAUGCAGGAUCUAGCCCGACAAAUCAGAAGUGGCCUUUAUACGACAAGUACUACUUGCAUGUGCUGAGUUUGCACGCAGCAUACAAGGAGGCUCUCAAGUACUCCCAGUCCCAAAACCUUGUUAAUGAUGCCCCCAUCGAGUUUGGAACCCUUCUGUCAGACCUUGGGAAUUAUAUGUACGAGCGAUACUUGAUACAAAGCGCCUUCAAUGUCCUCGACACUGCCGACGCAGUACUCACCAACGCUCUGGGCUCUGAGCAAACUAACCCGGAGAGGCUUCAGGUACUCUAUCUUCGGGCGUCUAUUGAGCUCAACCAUGGCAUUACCAAGCGAGCAGAAGGCGUGGCGCAUAAGGAAGAGCUCGUCCAACUUCGACUAGCCCGACUGGCUCAAGUUUACCGAGAUGAAAACAGAGCCGUUCACGAGACAGCUUCAAGACAGCUAUCCACUGCAUACAACAAUCUAGCGUGCGCAUACAUGCACUGCGAUGACUACGAAAGGGCAAUGCCUCUCUUUCAAAAAACAAGGAGGAUCAAAAAAAAAUGGUGGAAACAAAGCAUGAGCCCGCAACUCGCAGCCUUUUCCGAGAUCAAUAAGAAUCUUGCGCUGGUGUAUCUCAGUCGUGGCGAUGGAGAUGCAGCCUUAUCUCAUGCCAAUGAAGCUGUUAGGUUGAUUGAUCAAUGGAUUAAUGGUGGGCCGAGCUCCAAGGUUGGGCAAUUCAUGCGAUACAUGCGUGCCUGUGUGCUGUUCAAUAUUGGCGAGAAGCAGAGGGCUCUCGUUGAGAAUCUUAAUAUUCUCAAAGCCCGUUUUGACGUCCUAGGGGAGACCCACGAUCACACCAUCGAUAGUUAUUUUGCUGUCGGCAUGAUUCAUUCCAGUCUUGGAGAUUGGUACAAAGCAGAGUAA